AUGACAGAACCCAUUAUCCCCAUAAUGUCCGCCAACUCCGUCCCCAUAUCCGGCCUCGCCGAGCUCGAGAAGCACCUCGACGACCUCGUCGCCUCGCCAGAAACACCCCUCGAGCCAAAACUCCUCGAUGAUGUAGAGCUUCAACUCAACGAAACAAAUAUCCCCCCCCUCCUCCCACGCCUCCUUCCCCUUCUCACGACAAUCCUCAAAACCACCCCCCACGACCCGAAACAAAUCGUCUCCCUCACAAUAAAACUCCUCUCCCCCGUUCCCUUCACCCAGACCCUCCAGCUAGCCGACGAAUCCUCUCUCAUAACAGCCCUCCGCUCCCCCUCCCCGCACGCAAACCUCCUCGCCCUCGCCAUCCUAGCCAAGGCAUCCGCCUCCCCCUCCGACGCCGCAAUCCUCUCCCUCAUGCCCCGCGUCGUCGAAGAGCUCCUCCGCCGCUGGCUGUCCGCCCCGCAAGUCGAGGUCGGUGAGCGCGCCUCCCGCGUCCUGGGCGACCUCCUUGACAUAGAUUGCGAGCUCCCCCCGCCGAGCAGCCUACCCACCCUGACCGCCACCGAGAUCGUCAGGCGCCGAGCGCCGGGCCAAGGCCGCAUGUGGCAACGGAUCUUCCACGAUAAAGAACUCUUCGGCCUCGUCCUCUCCCUCGCAAAGGGCCAGGACCCGUCCCCUACCGCCGACGGCGAAAGCGUCACCCUCUCAGAGCGCCAGCUCUCCCUCGCACAAGGCCGCAUCCUCCGCCUCCUCCCGCGCCUCGCAUCCCUCAACAUUAUCGAGGUCGGCAUCUCGCAGUUCCCAGAGCUGACGGGCUCCCCCGAGGUCGGCCUCCUUCAGCUCGCCGCGCUGCACAUGGUGGACAAGACCGACACCCUCAUGCACCUCAACCUGAUCGACUUCUUCGAGACGCUGCUCAGCGUCAUGCGCGUGGUGGAGCACUCGCACCGGACAAUGGGCAUCUUGAAGGAUCUGGUGAAGCAGGCGACUAGGGACGAUAAUUUGUUGAAGAAUGCUCUUGGUAGUCUGCCGAAUCGGACCGUGCCCGAGGAAUCCGAGUCACUAAGGACAUUCAUCAGAGACGUAUUGGCUUGA